AAAACUAAUUCUAUUCUUUUACGUGAUAAAAAAAUAUAAUUAACAAAAAAGAACUAUUUCAAAUCUUGAAAUUUAGUGUAUUACCUCACAACCUUAACCUUAAUUUAAAAUUAAAAGGCUAGAACGAAUAAUAGAAAAAAGAAAACCUAACCUUCACACUCCUUUGUUAUUAAACCUAUAACCACAAUAAUUUAAUUAAAAUAUUUGAAAGCAAUUGUUUUGGUACAAAUUUGAGAGUAAUUUAAUUCGGAAUCGUAAAAAAAAAAAAUACGAAACUGCAUUACUUUUUUCUAAAUAUGCAUUUCAUUGAAAGUAUUGACUUUUUUUAAAAAAAUAUAUCUUGAUACACAUAAAACAUUUUAUAAUUAUUUAACUCAAUUUUCUCUUACUUUUUUUGGUAAAAAAAGAUAAAAUUUUACUUUUUUAUAAUUAUUUUAUUUUUAUAAUAUAUAUUAAAUAUAAAUGUGUCACCGUAUUAUUUUUUUAAUUUUUAGUUAGUGUCUUUGGAACAAUAAUUAACAGUUUUUCUUUAAAUUAGUGGAAGAAAAAAAUUUAAAACAUUUGCAGUUCUAUUUUUUUUUUCUUUCUGAAUUUUCUCUUUCUUCCACGCUCCUCCCUCUUGUCUCCUUUGAAACGUACCAAUAAGACAAUUUUGUAUCGCACCUUUUUUUAGAUGUUGUUAAUAAUGCGCGAAACAUUCAAGGGAUUCUGAAUCGUAAUAAUUUGAAUCCUUAAAGGGCGUUUUAUUCCAAAUAAAUCCCAAAUUACUUUAUCACCCUCACCAGGCAAGACGAUAACAACUGCUUAUUCAUUUCCACUCGUCUAAGAAAUGCUCAAGAUAUUCCUUCAAUUUUCUUCUUUUUCUUUUCUUCAUUAUACUCUUUUACUUUUUAUCUUCUGCUUUUCUUUCCCAAUAUCUCUGAAUCAAUUCCAUCUGUGCAUGCCAAGUUCCAUUCACAGGAUUCCUAGUCAUUUGUGAAACAAACUAAAGUUCCUUUGAUAGCCAUUUAUUUUAAAGUAUACUAUUUGCUCAUGGUUCCAUAGAAAAGAUGACAAAUCAUCACUCAAGAAAAGCAAUCAAGUUUUUUGGAAAACUAAUCGGUCCUGAAAAUGUUGAAGAGCUCCAAAGAACCAGAUCAGAUAUUGAAACUAAUAUUUCUGGGAUAUUGAAAUUUAUUAAGAACGAAAGUCUUAAUACAGAAGAUGGAAAUCUCAAACAUUCCACAAACUGGACAGAAUUUAAGGGGUUGAUAGAAGACUUAUGCAAGAAUCAUCAAUCAAUGUAUGCCUUGUAUGAUCGUAUUACUGAAGAGUUUGAGAAAUCCGUUUCUCGUAAAAGAAAAGUGUCCUCAUCUGACUCUGAAUCUGAAUACUUUUCUUCAGAAGAAGUAGAUGGUUAUAGAAGAAGGUCAGAAAAAGAACAUUAUUAUAUAUCUGAUUUUGAAACUCCUAGACAAUUUUUCGAUAAAGGUGAUGGUACAGAUGAGACUACUAAUGCUGAAGCACAAAAAACUGAAGAACAGUUAACUUUGCUAAUGCAAGAGGUUGAGAGCUUGAGCAAACAAAAAAGUGAUCUAAAACAAGAGGUUGAAAACCAAACACAUGAAGUUAAACAUCUGACCGCGAAGAACACUGAGUUGAAUGAUGAAAUACUCGAACUUGAUUCGUUGUUGAAAAAGGAGAAAGAUAAGGUGUUCGAUUUGCAGGCACAAUUAAAUGACAAUGAGAACCAAGAAAAGCCCAAUAUUGCAGAUUUGAUGGCAAAGAUUUGUGAGUUGGAACAGGAGAUCAAGUCCUUGCAGACACAGAAAGAUGAAAUGGAAGAAAAAUUAAAAUGUGAGCAAAGUGAAGCAUCAACCCAAAGAGAAGAUUUGAUGGAUAAACUUGACAUGGUACAACAAAGGUUGAAUUUCAUGGAAACUGUGAACAAAGAAGUAGAAGCCAAGAUGGAAAGCCAAAGGGAGCAAAUUUAUCAAGAUUCUACUGAGAUAAACAAUCUAAAGGACAAUUUAACUAAUAUGAGAUUGGUUGAGAAACAUAUGGUGGCAGAGAAAAAUAGGCUUCUUUAUAGGCUUAGGGAUCUAGAACUAAAUUUGGAAAGUCAAAUGAGUCAGAAAAGUGAAUUGGAAGAAAAAUUAAGAGACAAGAAUUAUGAGAUUAAAGAACUUACAGAGGAAAAUAAGGUCUUCCAAGAAAGAAACCAUGAACUGAGAACAACAAUGACGCAAAAGGGGGAAGAGUUAUCUAAUUUUGUGAGAGAACAUGAAAACCAUGAAAAUGGAGCUUCCAUGGAAGUUAUGACUUUAAAAGCAAAACUUAAUGAAAUGAGAUUAGAGUUGGACACUAUGCACGAACAGAAGAACAAACUGGAGCAACAGAUCGAACGAAGUCAAAAAGAAUAUGUUGAAAGCCUAACAAGGAUGGAAAAUCUGAAUGCCAAGUUGGCAACCCAAAUAGGAGAUCAAGAGAAAAUGAUUGAACAACUCAGUGAGGAGAACAAACAAGCUAAAGUUGUGUUUAGUAAAUUGAAGACUGUUCAGGUAACUGCGGAAAGGAAAAUCAAUGAAUUGGCAGAAGAGUUUCGAAGGAAAAUGGAAGACAACAUCAAGUUGUUGCACCAGAGGAUCCAUGUUGCAGAACAACUGAAUAACGAAAAUAAGUACAGUUACAAAAUAACAAAACAAAGGUACGAGGAAGAGUACAAAGAUAUAGGAAAGAAAAUUGCUCAUUAUAAAGAUGAAAAACCAACACGCAUUCCAAAUGGGUUUGAAUUUAUUGCACUAAAUGGAUUAGAUUUAGCAAUUGAAAAUCUGGAAGAGUAUGCAACUCGUGUGACUAAGAUGAUGUGUGAGGUUAAGUUUAUGAUGGAUCGGAUGAGGGAAAAGAAUGAGGAGGUGAAAGAAAUGAGAGACAAUGUGGAUUACUUUAGGGAAUUGUUGGAUAAAAAGGAAGAACAAGAAUUGUUGUUAAGGGAGAAUUUGUGGAUAUUGGAGGCAGAGGUGAGCAAGGAAGGAGGAGAUAAGUUGAACCUAAGAAAAGAAGUGAGUCAAUUGGAGAAGAAGGUGGGAAAAUUAGAAAAGAGUGUGAAAAAGAAGGAAGAAGAUUUAGUUAACCUUGGGGAGAAGAAAAGGGAAGCAAUAAGGCAACUUUGUUUUGUGAUUGAGUUUCAUAGAGAUCGUUGUAACUAUAUAAAGGAUAUGGCUACAAAAAAUAGGCUCAGUAACGUUACAUCAAAAAAUUAAGACUACUUGUAUAUUGAAUUUUAUACUUAACUUCUUUUUUUGUUUCACACAAUUUUAAUAGUAUAGUAAGAAUUUGUUAAGUUGUACUUU